ACUAGCCAGGUGUGCAUCAUGGGCCUUUUAUAAAUGUUUGGUCAUGUGACAAAAAUAAAGCAUUUCUCCUUAUAGCUAAAACUUCUCAGUAGGUGUUUGCUUCAACACAGAUAAACUCAACACAAAGCAGCAGGUGUGUCUGCAGUUGCCCAACGUUAAUCAAACAAAACAGGAAAUCAUGCCUCAAAAUGCAGAACCAGAAAGAUGUUUAUCUAGUGAAUGGCACAAAUGAGUAAACAGUUUACACGUCCAGUUUGUCACACCCAAACAUAUGCAGGUAGGACGAGGAGAGCAGGAAGUUUCAUUUUCUAUUGGAAUGUUUUUGCAAUCUGGGGCAUCAAGCUCCUCUUCCUGUUCCUUCAGCGAAUGAACCCCUCAUUUUAAUGGUGUUCGUCCUCUGCUUGUUCACUGCACUGGAACCAACCAUUCCUUUGAACUCUUUGAAUCUUACAGGAAGAAAUUCAAAGGUCAGUCAUAAAAUGAUACUUUUUUUUAUUUUUUGAAACACCAGUUUCUCGGUUCAGAUUCUCUUGAGUAGAUCAUUGGUUUAUUCUGAACUCUUCUGGUCUUUGCUGCAGCUUUCAUGACCCACCGAUACAGCUGUCAACAGGAACUCCAUCAUCUGAUCAUGACAAUAGGAGUUACACACAGCAGCCCUCAUGUUGUUGUGGAGCAGCUGAAGAAGGGAGGAUCUGAACUGUCUGACAUGUGAAUCAUUGUGCAGAACGACCGGUUUUGAUGAGUUGCAGUCAAGGAGGAGCUGAGAUCCUCUCGUGGGCCUGUGCUGGAAGCUGCUCCUCACAUAUAAAGCGCUUCCCAAUGCCGGAGGAAACAGUGAAUCACAGCUUCAGGGGGAGUCGAGCACCAUCCACUCAUCUCUCUCACAGUGCUCUUCAACCACCAGCUGCUCAGUCAAAGUCAUCUCUGAUUGCGCUUUUACUUUGCUUUAAAUUCAAAAACAAAAGAAAAACUCCUGGUCACAUUCGCGCUCGAGCAACAAAGUUUGAGGAGAAGGGAAGCCGAAGUUUUGAGAGCGCACAUGGCUGCUCUGAUAAGCGCGUAUUCGUCCUGGCCGGAGAGCUUUGAGUGCUCUGCGGGAAAUGCGGACGUACCUGACGGACACACCUCCCACAGAGCUCCCGCGGACAAGGUGUCGGAGCCGCGCAUCAGGAGACCCAUGAACGCCUUUAUGGUGUGGGCCAAAGAUGAGCGCAAGAGACUCGCAGUGCAGAACCCCGAUCUCCACAACGCGGAGCUAAGCAAGAUGCUGGGAAAGUCAUGGAAAGCUUUAACUCCGCCGCAGAAGAGACCGUAUGUGGAGGAAGCGGAGCGGCUGAGGGUGCAGCACAUGCAGGACUAUCCCAAUUAUAAAUACCGUCCUCGUAGGAAGAAGCAGCUGAAGCGCAUCUGUAAACGAGUGGACCCUGGCUUCCUCCUGACCACCCUCGGCCCCGACCAAAACUCCCUCCCGGAUCCCCGAGGCUGCUGUCACCCCCUCGAUAAAGACGACGAGAGCGGUGUGAGUGGCAGUGGUGGCUUCGGUUCUCCCAGUGCAGCUCUACCCGGCGUCAGGGUCUUCAGAGAUCCCUCCAGUUCCAACAGCAGCUUCGAUACGUACCCGUACGGCUUGCCCACGCCACCUGAGAUGUCACCUCUGGACGCCGUGGAUCACGAACACCAGACCUACUACUCGUCCUCCAGCUCAGUCUCCACCAGCUCCUGCUCAUCCUCCACCUCUUGCCCAGAUGACAGGCGUCCCACCCCGGUGCACAUGAGCAGUCCACCUCCCUACCAUCCCGAUUACUCCCAGCAGGUACAUUUGCACUGUGGGAGCUCACAUUUGGGCCACAUCCCGAUGUCCCACCAGGGAAGUGGGGCGACCCUUAUCACAGCACCUCCGUUGUCCUAUUACAGCCCUUCGUUCCCGCAGGUUCAGAUCCAUCAUGGGCACCAGGGGCACCUGGGCCAGCUUUCGCCGCCUCCAGAGCAGGGGCACCUGGAGGGUCUGGACCAGCUGAGCCAGGCUGAAUUGCUGGGUGAGGUAGACCGAGAUGAGUUCGACCAGUACCUAAAUUCCACUAGUUAUCACCCCGAACAGGGCGGGAUGACAGUCACGGGACACAUACAGGUAACGCCGGCUUCCGUUUGCUCCAGCAGCACUACGGAAACCAGUCUCAUCUCUGUAUUGGCCGAUGCCACGGCAGCCUAUUACAACAACUACAGCAUUUCAUAAACACCAAAACAGAGACAAUUGACACAGACAGAGACUGUGGGCUCGACAAGGGUCAGCAAAGUGACUGGCAGGUGAAAGGAAGGCCGUGGAGGGAGCGGAAAAGAGAAGCUACAGGAAGUCAAAGGACACCUCAGGGAUGCAUAGAUAAAAAAAAACUGAAGUUCAUUCCCAUCUUUGUUUCCAAAAGAAGAAUGGAAGUAAAAGAAAAAAUGGACAAACAUAGAAAAUGCUCUCAUAUCUUGCCACAAAAGCAUGUACAUAUGCUAUAAAGCUUAUUUAUAUAUAUCGAAUUGCUUUGCAUUAAAGCUUAUUGUAUUGCUUUUUUUUAGUCCAGAUAUAUUCAUUUGAUUUUUUUUUCAAACCUCAAUUGUUUUACCUCAAGAAUUAUUUAAGUGAGGCUGGUCUCUUCCUUUAUAGGACAUAAUUUUAAAGGAAAUUCUGCCCUUUCUUUUCCCUUUACAUUCAUUUCAAAAAUGUAUAUGUAUGCUCAGUUAAAAUAAUAAUAAUAAUGAAUACUAUUGUAUGCCAGUUAAGGUUUUCCAUAUUAAUUUAAUUCAAAUAAAAUUUUGAGUUUAUACAUUUAGUAUUCUCAUUUUUGAUAUCCACACAGAUGUCAAGCGGAAGAACGUAGCUCAGCAUUGAUGUUUGUUGAACACCGUUCUGUUUGGCCGAUUUCAAUGAUGAGGACUUUCAUAAGAUUUCAUGAUAAAUUGCAUUGUUUAUGCCCAUAUAAGUACAGCACGGUGAUUCUGUCUGUAGGUCUGGACUUGAGAAAAAAAAAAAAUGUUGCAGAUGCUGUUCAUUUUGUGAUAUAUUAAAAGUGAAUGUUCUGAGGUCCCAUCUGAAUUAGACGCCGCUAAAUAAAAACACAAAAUAAAUACAGGUGAAAAGA